AACUGCAGCUGAAGACUGCGUUCUCCGAAACAGCUUCCAGCCGGCCUUCGUUGCAGAAGGCGACUUUAUAAUGGGAGGGAUUUUUCCUCUUCAUUAUAACCAAGAAAUGCCUGAUCAGAACUACACCUACACACCACCACCAGUGAAGUGCAACGGGUUUGAUCCCAGGGCUUUCCGCUGGGUCCAGACCAUGAGGCUGGCAGUGGAGGAGAUAAACGAGAGCACACAGCUGCUGCUAAAUCACACUCUGGGUUACAAAAUCUUUGAUUCUUGUGCGUACCCGCUGACUGGUCAGAGGGCCGCUCUGGCUGUGCUGAACGGGCUGAGUGAGGCCGACUCUCCCAUGUGCUCUGGAGCCUCUCCGAUGCUGGCUGUGAUCGGGGAAUCAGGAUCUGCUCAGUCCAUCGUGGUUUCCAGACUCCUGCGGCCAUUCAGGAUCCCUAUGAUCAGCUACUUCUCAUCGUGCGCCUGCUUCACCGACAGAAGACAGUAUCCGACAUUUUUCAGAGUAAUUCCUAAUGAUGACUACCAGGUGAAGGCCAUUGCUCAACUUCUGCAGCACUUCAACUGGACUUGGGUCGGGCUCAUUCGAGGAGACCAUGAAUACGGGCGUUUUGCGGUGCAAGGUUUACUGAGGGAGUUACAGGGCAGCAGUGUGUGUGUAGCUUACCAAGAAAUGAUCCCCCUGCUCUACAACACACAGCGGGCACUGGAGAUUAUGCAGGUACAUUUUAUCGCAUUGUGUUUUUGUUUUGACUUCUUGACCUUCUUCCAUUUUGAAAAAAAUAAAAAUAAAAAGGUCAUGCGGCGCUCUUUGGCAAAAGUAGUGGUGGUAUUCUCAGCCGAAGGGGAAAUGACGCCGUUCCUCAGGGACUACAUGAAGCAGAACAUCACCGGAAUCCAGUGGGUGGCGAGUGAAGCCUGGGUCACGGCGUCUGUCUUUACAGGAAGGGAGUUUUACCCCUACCUGGGGGGCACCAUUGGCUUUGGCGUCAGAAAAGGUCACAUUGCUCAACUCAGUGACUACCUGCAGACAGUCAACCCUCAGCAAUAUCCCAACAAUGUUCUGGUGGGCGAGUUGUGGGAGGCUCUGUAUGGCUGCAGCCCUUUUCCGUCCUCUGCCAACCCUUUCCCAGUUUGUUCAGGGCAAGAGGUGCUGCUGAAGCAGCACUCAGCCUACAUGAACACAUCCAGCCCCAGGGUGGCCUACAAUGUCUACAAGGCUGUGUACGCAGUCGCUCAUUCACUGCACAAUCUUCUUCUUUGUCAACCUGGCAACGGGCCUUUUGAAAACGAUUCAUGUGCUCAAAGCAACAAGAUACUCCCCUGGCAGCUUCAGUACUACCUGCAAGAAGUGAAGUUCGACAUGGCUGGGGAGGAGGUAAACUUCGACCUGAAGGGCGACUCGGUGCCGUACUAUGACAUUAUCAACUGGCAGAGAGGCACGACUGGAAGUAUUGAGUUUGUCAACGUGGGGUUGUUCGACGGGACAAAGCCUGGUGGAGAGGAGCUGGUGAUCCAGGAGGAAAGAAUAAUGUGGGCAGGUCAUCAGAGUGAGGUGCCAGGGUCUGUGUGCAGUCCCAGCUGCCCUCCAGGCUCCAGGAAAGCUGUCCGUCGUGGGGAGCCUGUAUGCUGCUUUGACUGUGUACCAUGUGACAGCGGCAAAAUUAGCAAUCAGACAAACUCAGUAGAAUGCAUAUUUUGUCCUGAGGACUUCUGGUCCAACCAAGACAGAACAAACUGCAUCCCCAAGAAGGUGGAGUUUUUGGCCUACGAUGCCUUGGGCAUACCCCUGACAGUCAUUUCAGUAGUGGGCGCCUCUCUCACUAUCGGUGUUUUUGUCGUGUUUUUCUACCACAGAAGCACGGCAGUCGUGCGAGUGGACAACUCAGAACUCAGCUUUUUCAUCCUGUUGGCUCUAACGCUUUGCUUCCUGUGUUCUCUUGUUUUUAUCGGAGAGCCCACCGUUUGGUCCUGCAUGCUCCGUCACACGGCCUUUAGCAUCACGUUUUCACUCUGCAUCUCCUGCAUCCUGGGAAAGACUCUGGUCGUUUUGGCUGCAUUCACGGCCACCAGGCCGGGGGACAACAUCAUGAAGUGGUUCGGGCCCAAGCAGCAGCGAGCCAUUAUUUUCAGCUGCACUCUCGUCCAGGUGGUGAUCUGUGCCGCCUGGCUCAUUGACGCCCCACCUUAUCCAAUUCGAAACACCAAAUACGAACGCUCAAAGAUCAUACUGGAGUGCAACGUUGGGUCGAGUCUUGCAUUCUGGUGCGUUUUAGGAUACAUUGGCCUCCAGGCGUGUCUCUGCUUUGUGCUGGCAUUCCUGGCUCGAAAGUUGCCCGGAAACUUCAACGAGGCCAAGUACAUCACCUUUAGUAUGCUGAUCUUCUCCGCUGUGUGGCUCGCUUUCGUCCCUGUUUACGUAAGCGCCCCCGGAAACUAUGCAGGUGCAGUUGAGUCCUUCGCCAUUUUGGCCUCCAGCUUUGGGUUAUUGUUUUGUCUGUUUGCCCCAAAAUGUUACAUUAUUUUGCUAAAGCCAGAGAAAAAUACAAAGCAGCACCUCAUGGGUAAAGAAAAACUGUAACUCUUUUUUUUUUCUCUUUUAAGAAAUUGCUCACAUUUCUAGUAGCUUAAUAUUUGUUUUGUAUUUUAUUGAAUUCAUUUUCUUCUGUUUUUUUUCUACUGGUUUUUAUUCAAUGUUGCAAUGUACUGUAUGUUUCUGCUUUUGUAAGUUAGUGCGAAUUCCUGUGAGCGAGAAAGUAAAUAACAAAGACACGUCAAUUUUGU